AUGGAUAAUAAUAAUAAUAUUUCAUUUCCCAAAGACGAUGCUGAGAAUUGUAGCAGUGUUGAUUGGAGAGGCAGACCCUCGAAUCCUAAAUAUCACGGUGGAGCUAGAGCUGCUGCUUUUGUUCUUGGUCUUCAAGCUUUUGAAAUAAUGGCCAUAGCUGGUGUUGGAAACAACCUCAUCACCUAUCUGAUUAACGAGAUGCACUUCUCUUUACCUCAUUCAGCUAACAUUGUCACUAACUUUGUUGGUACUAUUUUUCUUGUGGCACUCCUCGGUGGCUUUCUAUCUGACUCUUUUCUUGGCACCUUUUCCACCAUCCUUAUCUUUGCCCUUAUAGAACUUUGUGGGUUUAUAUUGCUAUCAGCACAAGCUCAUUUUCGUCAACUUAAACCUCCGGCGUGUAAUGAAAAUUGGGUAUGCACAGAAGCAAAGGGGUUCAAGAGCUUGAUAUUCUACACAGCAAUAUAUAUGGUGGCAUUAGGAAGUGGUUGUGUUAAGCCAAGCAUGAUUUCUCAUGGAGCAAACCAAUUCAAUCCUGAAUCAAAGAAGCUCUCGACUUACUUCAAUGCAAUCUAUUUUGCAUUCUCAUUGGGUGAGCUUAUUGCCCUUACACUUGUUGUAUGGGUUCAAACUCAUUCCGGUAUGGACGCCGGCUUUGCUGUAUCAGCCGCCGUCAUGGCAAUGGGUUUCAUAUUCUUCAUAUCUGGAACUCUAUAUUAUAGGAACAAACCUCCACAACCAACCGUCUUCCUCCCUAUUCUACAAGUUUUUGUGGCUGCGAUAUUGAAAAGAAACAAGAAUUGUCCAUCUACCCAACAAGGAAUUGGUGGACAACAUAGUAAAAAGUUGAGAUUCUUGGAGAAGGCUUGUAUACAACAAGAACGGAACAACACAAAGGAAAGUGAUUGGAGAUUGUGCAGUGUUGAACAAGUUGAACAAGCAAAAAUAUUAGUUUCUGUUAUUCCGAUUUUCGCAUGCACUAUCAUUUUCAACACCGUGUUAGCACAACUUCAAACAUUCUCGGUCCAGCAAGGAAGUGCCAUGGACACACAUAUCACAGAAUCAUUUCGUAUCCCUCCAGCAUCCCUUCAGGCCAUUCCAUAUGUUUUGCUCAUUUUUAUAGUCCCUCUCUAUGAUACUUUAUUUGUCCCUUUUGCAAGAAAAAUAACAGGUCAUGAGUCAGGAAUCACACCUUUGCAGAGAAUAGGAGUUGGCUUGUUUCUGGUUACAUUUUCUAUGGUAUCAGCAGCUAUUAUGGAGAAAAAGAGAAGGGAUGCAGCUUUGAAUAUGAAGCAAACAUUGUCAAUAUUUUGGAUUGCACCACAGUUCAUUAUAUUUGGUAUGUCAGAGAUGUUCACUGCAGUUGGACUGGUUGAGUUCUUCUACACACAGAAGUUGAAAGGGAUGCAGACAUUCCUGACUUCCAUCACAUAUUGCUCCUACUCAUUUGGAUUUUAUCUCAGCUCACUAUUGGUUUCAUUGGUGAAUAAAGCUAGUGGUGGUGUGGGUGGCGGCUGGCUUCAUGACAACAAUAUCAACAAAGACAAACUUGAUCUUUUCUAUUGGUUACUAGCUGCACUCAGUUUCCUCAACUUCCUCAACUAUCUCUUUUGGUCAACAUGGUAUUCUAAUGAUCCAUCUCUUUCAACUAUAUCCCAGGAGACUCACCCUCAAUCCACCACCCAAUCUAGACACCUCAACCACGCAGAUAAUACUAGUAUUCCAUAG